CACACUAGAUCAUAGUUUGUUGUUGUCUCCUUCGAAGCUGUCCGAAGCGAAAAAUGAUAAAUAUUAAGAAUUCCAAUUGGACUGCAGCCGCUAUAGCAGUCACAGAGUGUCAAGUGUGAAGUUUGGGUGGUGUACAAUGCAGUCAAAGGACCUCCAGUGGUCAGUAACUAAAAUGACAUUGCGAUACAUACACACAGACGGAAGCAAACGAAAAACUGGUAUAUAAAAGACGCCAACGAAAAAAGACGGAGCGUGCGAAAAAGAGAGGAAACGCGCGCGCCUGCAUAUUCGAAUUGGGAUAAAUAAAUACUCACCCGUCCGUGAUGUCACAACAUAACCAACCCCACCAAGUUCCCCCGCAACCCCAUCCGCACUAUCCUUACCACCACGCCUCUUUGUCGCUGCCCCUGCAACAGCAGCACCAGCACCAGCAACAGCAACAACAUCAACAACAGCUUCAGCAACAGCAACAGCAGCAGCAGCAACAUGCCAGCAGUUGGUACUCACAUGUUGCUUCCUACCCACCCUCCCAUACGGCCUUCAACCCCUCACUCCCCUGCAAGGCCGCCAGCAACAGCAGCAGCACCAACAACAACUCCAUCAUGGGUGCCUACGGAGGGGGUGGUGGCACGCAUGGCUAUUACGGCAAUGUCAGCGGCAGCAUAGGUGUCGGAGUAGGAGGGGCAGGCGGCGGUGGAGGGGGCGCCGUAGGCUCGACCUACGGCCUUGGGGCCAACACAGUGGCCUAUGCCCACAACCAGCUGCUCCAGUACCAGCAACACCAUCAGCAGCAGCAGGAGCAACACUCGCAGCAAUCGCACCUGGGCCAGCGGUCCUAUAUGGGCCACGAAGUCAUGGCCGGCAGCAGCUAUCCCUACAUCAAGAGCGAACCCAUGGAGGCAUUCCAGCACCCGCCAAACCCCAUGGCACCGCCACCACCCCUGCCUCCGGCCCCGGAAAUGAUCAUAAAAUCUGAACCCAUGGACGAACAGGCCUACAAGUCCAACUAUAUAGACGACAACACCCCGUUUGCGGACUUUAGCAAGUUCAACGAAUACAGCGAGGAUAUGCUGAGUCCCAAAGUGGAGCUUACCGUUAAGGACGAGUCCUACGGCAAGAACCAUAAUAGUUUUCCUCGUCGCAAGCCACCAAAUGAUCGUCUCGCCGGCAAUGAGAGCCUGCCGAUCUGCCAGCGCUGCAAGGAGGUGUUCUUCAAGAAGCAGACCUACUUACGCCACGUUGCCGAGAGCAGUUGCAGCAUCCAGGAGUAUGACUUCAAGUGCAACAUCUGCCCCAUGUCCUUCGUGAGCGCUGAGGAGCUGCAGCGCCACAAAAACCAUCAUCGGGCCGACCGAUUCUUCUGCCACAAAUACUGCGGCAAGCACUUUGAAACGAUUGCCGAGUGCGAGGCGCAUGAGUACAUGCAGCACGAAUACGACAGCUUUGUCUGCAACAUGUGCUCUGCCACUUUUGCCACAAGGGAUCAGCUUUACUCCCACCUGCCGCAGCACAAGUUUCAGCAGCGCUUCGACUGCCCCAUUUGCCGCCUGUGGUACCAGACCGCUCUCCAGCUCCACGAGCACCGGCUAGCGGAACCCUACUACUGCGGGAAGUACUACGGGGCAGGGCUGAACACGGCGACACCUCAGCAGCAACAUCACCACCAGAGCCAGACCAACUAUAAGCUACAGGAUUGCCAUAUGGCCACAAUGGAGAUGCCCAACACAUCGCAGCACAAGCCAAACUCCUCCAACUCCACCUUGCCGGCCACGGCGGCUCUCAGUUCCUUGCUGCAACAGCGGCAAGCGAAUGCUGAUGGCGCUGCCAUGUUUGCUGCCUCGGCGGCGGUCAAGGCGGAGAUGAACGUGAAGCUGGAGCGGAGCUACAGUAACUCGACCAGUGAGUCAUCGUACGGGGUGCAGGAUGGCGGCUACAACAACUCCUUCUCCGGAGAAACUUCCAUGCACAGUGGUGCCAUCGCUGGGCCACAGGCCAACUCCUCGACGCUGGACGACUCGGAGGACGCGCUGUGCUGUGUGCCAUUGUGUGGAGUGCGCAAGAGCACCAGCCCUACGCUGCAGUUCUUCACGUUCCCCAAAGACGAAAAAUACCUCAACCAGUGGCUGCACAACCUCAAGAUGUUCCAUGUGCCGGCCUCCAGCUACGCCAGCUUCCGCAUCUGCAGCAUGCACUUCCCCAAGCGCUGCAUCAACCGAUACUCGCUGUGCUAUUGGGCAGUUCCGACAUUCAACCUGGGCCACGACGACGUGGCCAAUCUCUACCAGAACCGAGAGCUGACCAACACCUUCACCGUCGGUGAAGUGGCCAGGUGCAGCAUGCCCCACUGCACCAGCCAGCGGGGCGAGAGCAACCUCAAGUUCUACAACUUUCCCAAGGACAUCAAGAGCCUGAUCAAGUGGUGUCAGAACGCCCGUCUCCCAGUCCAGGCCAAGGAGCCGCGCCACUUCUGCAGCCGUCACUUUGAGGAGCGUUGUAUUGGCAAGUUUCGUCUUAAGCCCUGGGCUGUGCCCACUCUCCAUCUGGGCGCCCAGUACGGAAAGAUCCACGACAAUCCGAAGAACCUGUAUGUGGAGGAGAAACGGUGCUGUCUCAACUUCUGCCGCAGGAGCAGGUCCUCCGACUUUAAUAUGUCGCUGUAUAGAUUUCCCAGAGACGAAGUCCUCCUCCGCCGUUGGUGCUAUAACCUUCGCCUAGAUCCCGGAGUAUAUCGCGGCAAGAAUCACAAAAUAUGCAGUGCCCACUUCAUCAAGGAGGCGUUGGGCUUGCGGAAGCUAUCACCUGGGGCGGUGCCAACAUUGCAUUUGGGCCACAACGACACCUUCAACAUCUACGAGAACGAGCUGUGGCCGCCGCCAACUCCCUCCACCAGCCACGGCAGUGGCCAAGUGCACAUGCAGCAUCAGCAACAUAUCCCGUCGCACCACUCGCUCCAGCACCAGCUGCAUCUUGGACAAAGCAAGUCCUAUCAACGGCACUCGGCCGCGUCCACUUCGUCCUCGGCGAGCUCCACCUCGCACUACGUGGAUCCGGAGGUGAGUGCUUCGUACCUGGCGAUGGGCGGAUCCUCGGCGAACGCCAGCGACAGUAUGGAUGUCUGCUGUGUGCCCAGCUGUGAGAGCAAACGGCACAACGCCGAGAACAUUACCUUCCACACGAUUCCCCGAAGACCCGAGCAGAUGCGCAAGUGGUGCCACAACCUGAAGAUACCCGAGGACAAGAUGCACAAGGGCAUGCGGAUCUGCAGCCGGCAUUUCGAAGCCUACUGCAUCGGCGGGUGCAUGCGUCCGUUCGCAGUGCCCACACUGCAUCUGGGUCACGACGACGAGGACAUCCACCGAAAUCCGGACGUUAUAAAGAAGCUAAACAUCCGCGAGACCUGCUGCGUGGCUGUCUGCAAACGAAACCGCGACCGGGACCAUGCCAACCUGCACCGCUUCCCCAGCAACGUGGCGUUGCUGACCAAGUGGUGUGCCAAUCUCCAGCGGCCCGUUCCGGACGGCAGCAAGCUCUUCAACGACGCCAUUUGCGAGGUGCACUUCGAGGACCGUUGCCUGCGGAACAAGCGCCUGGAAAAGUGGGCGGUGCCUACUCUGACCCUGGGCCACGACGACAUUGCCUAUCCCCUGCCCACGCCGGAGCAGGUUGCCGAGUUCCACUCUCGGCCCUCAGCCCCCAACAACGGGGAGGAGCAGGGCGAGUGCUGCGUGGAGACCUGCAAGCGAAACCCCAGCGUGGAUGACAUUAAACUGUACCGCCCUCCGGAGGAGGCCUCUGUGCUGGCCAAGUGGGCGCACAACCUACAGACGGAGGCGGCACAGCUGGUGAGCCAGCGAAUCUGCAAUCUGCACUUCGAGGCCCACUGCAUCGGCAAGCGGAUGCGGCCAUGGGCCAUACCCACCCUCAACCUGGCCGGCAACAUUGAGAAUCUCUACGAGAAUCCGGAGCCUUCGAUGCUCUACAAGCGGCGGAUGCACACCAAAGCGAAACUGUCGGUCUCUGCGAAACCCACCUGGGUGCCGCGUUGCUGCCUGCCUCAUUGCCGCAAGGUGCGGGCCCUCCACAAUGUCCAGCUCUACCGAUUCCCGAAGCACAACCGCUCCACGCUGGCCAAGUGGGCGCAUAACCUGCAGGUGCCCAUGGUGGGCAGUGCCCAACGCCGGGUGUGCUCGGCCCACUUUGAGCCUCUUGUGCUGAGCAAGAAGUGCCCGGUGCCGCUGGCGGUGCCCACACUGGACCUGAACGCCCCGGCAGGGCAUAUGGUGUACCAGAAUCCGGCCAAGCUGAGGGCCAGUAAGCUGUGCCUGCAGCGCGUGUGCAUCGUGGAGAGCUGUCGCAAGACUCGGGCACAAGGAGUGCAACUCUUCCGGCUCCCGCACAACCCGUCCCAGCUACGGAAGUGGAUGCACAAUAUCCGGACCCGUCCGCGGGGUUCCAUGCGGUCUCAGUACCGGAUCUGCUCCCGCCACUUUGAGACUCACUCGUUUAACGGGCGAAGGCUCAGUGCUGGGGCCAUUCCCACACUGGAGCUGGGCCACGACGACGACGACAUCUACCCCAACGAGGCGCAGGCUUUUGUGGACGAACACUGCGCCGUGGAGGGAUGCGGGGCAUCCAAGGAACAGCCGGAGGUGCGACUAUUCCGCUUCCCCACUGACGACGAUGACAUGUUGUGGAAGUGGUGCAACAACCUGAAGAUGAACCCCGCGGACUGCACGGGCGUGCGCAUCUGCAACAAGCACUUCGAGGCGGACUGCAUUGGACCCAAGCACCUAUUUAAGUGGGCCAUUCCCACCCAAGAGCUGGGCCACGACGAUGCCCAGAUAGAACUCAUUCCAAACCCCAAGCCGGAGGAUCGGUACGUGGACCCAGUGUUCAAGUGUGUGGUCCCCACCUGUGGCAAGACGCGGCGCUUUGACGAAGUCCAGAUGAACAGUUUCCCCAAGGACCCGGAGCUCUUCCAGCGGUGGCGACACAACCUCCGCUUGGACCACUUGCACUUCCACGAGCGAGAGCGCUACAAGAUCUGCAACGCCCACUUCGAAGACGUGUGUAUUGGCAAGACCCGCUUGAACAUCGGCUCGAUACCCACACUAGAGCUGGGCCACGACGAGACCGAGGACCUGUUCCAAGUCAAUCCCGCGGAGUUGCAGAGCAACUUGUUUGGUCGCCAACGACGGCUGCUCGACGGAUCGGAAUCCGGCGAGGUGGUGGUCAAGCAGGAGCUUCCGGAUGAGGAGACCGAGCCCGAGGACAUCAAGCCGGACAUUCGAGAACUACUAGUGUCCAGACCCAGACAGGUGAAGUCCAAAAAAGGAUCGCUGGGGAAUCUGAAGUGCUGUGUCCGGAGCUGCGGAAGGAGCCGGCUCCAACAUGGUGCUCGUCUGUUUGCCUUUCCGACGGGCAAGCAGCAGCACCUUAAGUGGCGCCACAAUCUACGCCUGGAGCCAGAGGACGUGGACAGGUCUACGAGGGUGUGCAGCGCUCACUUCAAUCGCCGGUGCAUCGACGGCAAGCAGCUUCGUAGCUGGGCCAUGCCUACCCUGCAGCUGGGCCAUCGGGAGCAGCCCAUCUACGAGAACCCCAAGAACAUACCGGGCUUCUUCACGCCCACCUGUGCCCUGAGCCACUGCCGCCAGAGAAGGAGCAUCGACAACGACCUCCGAACUUACCGGUACCCGCGAACGGAAGACCUGCUCGAGAAGUGGCGGGCAAAUCUUCGCCUGACUCCGGAUCAGUGCCGCGGUCGUAUCUGUGCGGAUCACUUUGAACCUAUGGUGCGUGGCAAGCUGAAGCUGAAAACGGGAGCGGUGCCCACCUUGAAGCUCGGCCACGACGAGGGACUGAUCUACGAUAACGAGGCGAUCAAGGCUGGCUUGGCGGAGGAGGAGGAGGUCACCUGCAAGCAGGAGAUGGUCGAAGAGGAGGAAGAGGCCGAGGGAGAGGAGUCGCCCGAAGGAGUUCCCGCUGUCAACGAGGAUGACGACGACAAGGACGACAGCUACUUCGAUCCUUUGGAGUUGGUAGAGACGUUCGCAGAGCGCGCCAGCGACGAAGAAGCGGAAGACCACGAAAUGGAGGAGAAGAAUGAGCCGGAGGAGGGGGAUGAGGAGGAGGCAGAGGAGCUCCUGCCAGACCUGCCACCCACACCGCCACCUGUACCCCAGCGUCGCGAAAAACCCGCCAACAAUGUGACCCCCAUUUGCUGUCUGAAGCACUGUCGCAAGGAGCGCACGGCCUUCCAUCUGCUGAGCACAUUCGGCUUCCCGAAGGACCGCAAGCUCUUGCUGAAGUGGUGCGACAAUCUCCACCUGCUUCCGCAUGACGUUGUCGGGCGGGUCUGCAUCGAGCAUUUCGAACCGGAGGUGCUCGGCACUCGCAAGCUGAAACAGAAUGCAGUGCCCACAUUGAACGUGGGCCACGACGACCCGUUGCGGUACACCUGCCAUGGUGUGGAGCAGGAUCAGGACUUGGAGCAGGGACAGCCGCAGCACUCGGUUUUUCGGCUUUGGAGCCUGAAACACUGUCGCAAGAGGAAGCUAUCGGAUCCGCCGGACAUUCGCCCCAGCCACUGGAAGGAACUGAAGCUGCACAUGCAGAAGCAGAGGCAGAUGGAAAUGGUAGAGAUGGAGACCGACCUAAUGAUGAGCACUCCGCCUCAGACACCGGUGAAGAUUAAACCCAAAAGAUGCUGCGUCAUCAGCUGCGGGAGCGAGGAUGCUAGAAAAUUGGUGGCGCUGCCGGAUGAGCGCAGCCUUCUCCGCCGGUGGCAGCACAACCUGAAGCUGUCAGUGCUGACGGAUCCAGGUCUUGGCUUGUGCCUGGACCAUUUCGAGGAGUCUCUGGUGCAAUAUGGAAAGCCCAUGGAGAGGGCAGUGCCCACCUUAAAGUUGGGUCACAAGAGCGGUAACCUCUACCGAAACAAUGCUACUUGUCUGGUCCCCAGCUGUCCCAGUUCCGGCUCCGAUAGCACUAGUUUUGUGGCUCUGCCCCACAAUCCUGUGAUGAAAAGGGCCUGGCUCUCCUACCUCCAACUGCCAUUCACUAGCAACGGACUUCUAUGUGGCAACCACUUCGUGGAGCUGUACGAGCAGGUGGACUUGCCUGAGGACUUGCCCGUCCAGGAUUUGGAGGAACUGGAACGAACUGUCGAUGAGCUGCAGUGCGCUGUGCCCGGUUGUGCGUCAAAGAACGCCCGUGAUAUUCCCGUCCAGCUGGUCCAGUUACCCCACAACGAGAAGGAACUGUCCAAGUGGCUGCAUAACACAAAGAUCACCUAUGACUAUUCCCGGCACGGCAGCUAUCGGAUUUGCCUGCUCCACUUCGACCCGAUCUGCCUCGAUGAAGACUUUCCCCAGAGUUGGGCAGUGCCUACUCUAAACCUGGGCCACGACGACCAAAUCCACUUGAAUCCCGUCCAGAAUCAGGUUGCUGAGGCCCUAAACGGAACGUCCAAUAGCCAUAGCCUGAGACCUCUGAGGAUUAGGACAGAACUAGCAUCCAGCCCGAGUGUGAGUGCCAGUCCCAGUCCGAGAGGAAACAUCCGGAUUUGUUGCAUCCCCACUUGCAACCAGUUUGGGAACAGCCAGGUGCGACUCUAUCGCUUUCCCAGCGAGGAGCAGUUCCUCCUCCAGUGGCUGGUCAAUACGCAGCAGCAGCCCCGUCUGGUGGAUCCCAUGGAGCUCUACGUGUGUCAGGCACACUUUGAAACCGACGCCACCUACAAGAAGCACCUUCGCAGCUGGGCCUUGCCGACCUUGAAUCUUGGCCACUACGGGCAUGUCUUUCAGAACGCCAGGCACAAUGGAAACACUGCCGAUGUCGAGGAGGCAUUGAAGUUUAUCCGGGAGCGCUACUGUUCGGUGCUGAGCUGUUUCCAACUCCGAGGAGAGGGAGUCCGCCUGUUCGAGUACCCCGAGGACAUGGCCAUGAUCCGAAAGUGGGCAGUUGCCUGCAAACAUCGUUCCAUGCACGCCAGGAGCCAUGGCCUCCAGGUGUGCCAGGCGCACUUUGCUGCCGACUGCUUUGAUCCCGACACUGGAGACCUACUGGAGGGAUCAAUACCCACGCUGGAACUCAACCGCGAAGACAUCGAGAGACACUGCUUGGUGCCAGGUUGUGAGCAGGACGAUGCGGGCCCCCGGCUGCGAUUCUAUAAGCUGCCCAAGAUCGGUGAACAGCUCGAGGCGUGGAGCACCAAUAUAAAGCUUCCGGUCUCAGAACUGAAGCGCGGACACCAGCGCAUCUGUGAGCGCCACUUCGAGACGUACUGCUUCGGACCUAGCCGGGGUCUGCGGCUGGGAGCCUUACCCACUCUGUUCCUGGGUCACGAGGACCUUCUUCUUAAUCCCGACAACUUGCGGGAGAACUGCUGCGUACCGGGAUGCGGGCGUAUCCGGCAGACUGAUGACAUUCCCUUCUACGGCUUCCCGAAGCAUUGGUCCUUGGCCAGGAAGUGGCUGCACAACAUCCGCUUGGAAAAGACAAGCAAGGAUCAGCUAAACAAACUGAGGGUAUGCCCGGCGCACUUUGAGUCGGAUGUGCGGGAAAACGACGGACUCCUGCCAGAAGCCAUGCCCACCAAGCAGCUGGGGCAUUCCUCCGAGGGGAUUUUCAUCACGGACAGGGGCACGCAGGCUAGAAGUCUUCCGAAUCUCAAAAGAUCCUCUCCGGAGGUCAUUUGCUGUUAUCCGGACUGCACUGACUCGUCGAGAUUCCAGCUAUUGGAUUUUCCCGAACAGGCAGAGCUCCGCGAUGCAUGGCUGGGUCACUUGAAACUCAGGGAGCUACAUGAUGAAGCCCCACAGCUCUGUCCCCUCCAUUAUGUGAUUCUAUAUGAGCACAGUGCCAAGGAGUUUCCGGAGCACGUUCCAGACCAGUUGAUGGAAGUAAACUACACUAACGCCCGCGCCAACCGGCGGGUCAAGAUCGUCAGUUGUGCCAUCAAGGGCUGCACAACGGUGAGGCCUAGAGAUGGAGUACCGCUGCACGGAAUGCCCACGUACAAGGAUAUCCUGCAGAUGUGGGUGGACAACGGGCAGGUGGACUUCUCCGAACCGCAACGGUACAUGCUCAAGGUGUGUCACAGGCACUUUGAGCCACGUUGCUUCGUCGACGAACGGCGGCUCAGCUCCUGGAGUGUUCCUACCCUGCAUCUUCCCGGUGAGACUGUCCACCAGAAUCCCAGCAAGGAGGAGUGGGAGGUCAUCAAGCGAGAGAACAAGGAAGAGCCAGAAAUCAAGGAGGAACCUCUAGAGACGGAGCCAGAGAUGGAGAUCGAAACGGAAAACUCUCUACUGGAGCCCAUUGUCAAGAUGGAACACCUGGAAUCCGAGGAGGAGGACUCAGAAAUGCAGGCGUUGGAGGUGCUGCUGGAGGUCGGACACGUGGAGCGGCUGGACAGCUAUGAAAAGAUCGACGAAUCCCCCAUUGCCUACAAGUCCAAUCGAGGGCAGUACAACGCCAACAGCUGUGCCGUGGAAGGGUGUGACGUCACGGCCGAGGACGUGGGUGGAACUAUCAAGCUGCACAAGUUUCCCGCCCCAGCGGAAGCCGCCCGCAAGUGGAUGCACAACACCCAGGUGGACAUGGAGGAGAAGUUCUGGUGGCGCUAUCGCAUCUGCAGCUACCACUUUCACCAGGACUGCUUCCAGGGGUCUAGAAUCCGAAAGGGAGCCAUGCCCACGCUACUCCUGGGACCUCGGAGACCGGAUGAGGUCUACGACAAUGAGUUCGCAUCGCAGCCGGAGGUUAAGGAUCCACCUCCGCCAGUCGAGAUCCUCCCAGUGACCAGUGUGACUGAACGGAUAGCGCCCGAUGUUACCAAUCUCUGCCUUCCUCCGCCGGCUGCGCCCCGAAAAUCCAGCAAGUUCUGCCAAAUCGAAGGCUGCUCGAAUCACCUGACCACCGACAACAUAACCCUCCACAAGUUUCCGCACUCGGAGGAGAUGUGCAUCCGAUGGCAGCACAACUCUCAAGUUCCAUUCGAUCCGAACCAUCGCUGGCGGUACAGGAUCUGCACCGCCCACUUCGAACCCGUGUGCUUGUCCAACUUGCGCCUGCUCCACGGAAGUGUGCCCACCCUGAAGCUAGGACCCAAAGCUCCUGCGGAGCUCUUCGACAACGAUUUCGAGGCCAUCAACCAGCGACUGGAUAAGAGAUCGGCGGCAGAGGUGAAACAGGAACGGGUGGAUAUGGAAGACGAGCUGCACGAGGACCAAAUGGAUGUGCCUAGCUUGAUGCCUGUGAAGCAGGAGAAGAUAUCCUUCAACCAGAUCAAGUCUGGCUACGACAAGUGCUCCCUGGCCCACUGCCAGCGCCAAAGAUCUCUGCACGGCGUCCACAUCUACAAGUUCCCCAGGUCGCAGCUCCAGCAGGAGCGAUGGAUGCACAACCUCCGCAUCCGCUACGAUGAGCGCCGUCCCUGGCGAUUCAUGAUCUGUAGCGUCCACUUCGAGCCCCACUGCAUCAGCCUCAGGAAGCUGCGUCCCUGGGCAGUUCCUACGCUAGAGCUGGGCACCAAUGUGCCGGAGAUACUCUUCACCAACGAACAGUGCCUGGAACUGGAGGUGGAACAACCCAGCGAUCGUAGCGAAGCGGAGAGCGAAGAGGAGGAUGGUCUUGAAGAAGAUGACGAUGGUGAGGAGGACGAGGCGGAGGAAGAAGGACAUGACUCCAAUGUCCGCAUCAAAAAGGAACGGCGCUCGAGACUGGAUCCAUAUCCUGCUGGUCAGGUUCCGCCCUGGAAAGUGAAGCAGUGCUGCCUUCCCUACUGUCGUGCCUUUCGAGGAGAUGGCAUCAAGCUCUUCCGGCUCCCCAACAACCGAACCUCUAUUCACAAUUGGGAGUUGGCCACUGGCAUGGUGUUCAAGGAGUCUCAGCGAAACACGCGACUCAUUUGUAGUCGGCAUUUCGAUCCGGAGCUUAUCGGAGUGCGUCGCCUCAUGCGCAACGCCAUUCCAACUCUGCAUCUGAAUCCGGAAGCCGUAAAGGGCAAGGAGAAAAAGGUUUGGCAGAGCAAACCCAAGGAAACUCCCACACCCAUCCCAACCUGCUGCAUGGCGGACUGUCAUCACAACGGAAAUGCCAAGCUGCAUAAGUUCCCCAAUGAUUCCACACACCUGAGGCAGUGGUGCCAGGCCCUCAGACUCACGGAUAUACAACGUUAUCGUGGCAAGUACAUCUGCUCGGCCCACCUGCCGACCAACAUGACCGUAAGCUGCGUCGUCUGCGGCGUAGAUGACGUUCAGCUACCGAUGCUGGACUUUCCAGAGAACCGCAACCAGCGGGCCAAAUGGUGCUACAACCUAAAAAUCGAGACCAUACCCAAGUGGGAUCGCUCCAAGCACAUCUGUUGCCGGCACUUUGAGUCACACUGCUUUGUCCGGCCGGGUGAACUUCGUCCAGGAGCGACCCCAACAGUGGCAUUGAACCACAACGAUACAAACAUAUUCCUCAGCGACUACGCCACCGAUCCGACGACCUCCUAUGCGGGUAAUCAGAUCAAGGACGAGCCCAUGGACGGCGACGAGACGCUCCUGGUCUAGUCUCUCCCCCCCGCCCCCGCAUGAAAUCAUUUUAACCUAGAGUUAGCCAGAACCAUUUUAUAGACAUUUUGUACAUUCACUGUGUACCCAAGCCACAACACGUCUUCUAGUUUUACCUUGUAGUCUCUACCAGUGAUUUAAAUGCGUUAUUAAUUCUUAAGCGGCGUGAGAAGCGAAUGCCAUACAAAGAAACAACACACAAUGUUCCUUAAGUUAUUGUUUUUAGUUUUUAAACAUUUACAAACAUAUGUAUAUCCCUACUGCGCGAGAAGAAUGUGUUUUAGUUUCCCAGAUACAUAUAUAGAUGUAUGUGAACAAUAAAAAUAUACACAUAAUAUGGAAUAUCCUCGUAUAUGUGUAACUUGUAGAUGGCCCCAAUAUUUAUUGGUGUUUUACUAAAUAUACAAUUGUGAAAAUGAAAAAGAA